AUGGGUCAGAAAUGGGGAGCAGUCAUCUUCCAAAAAAUUUUUGGGGUAGGAAUUUAUCUUUGCAUUGAUUAUGAGUUAACGACCUUUCGUCAAGUUGAUAAUGAGUCAGUGUAUGAGUCAUGGAGAAGAUUUAAACGUUUGCAAAGGCAAUGUCCUCAUCAUGGGAUUCCAGAGUGGCUCUUGAUCCAGGCUUUCUAUAAUGGGUUGACGCAUGAAUAUCGAAUCUACAUUGAUGAUGCAUCAGGUGGCUCUAUCACGGAAAAGAAUCCAACUGAAGCUAAGGCAUUGAUUGAGAAGAUGGCAGCCAAUGAUAAUUAUCAUCCCAGUAGUCGGAACAGUGUUAGAAAGGGAGGUAAGUAUGAUUUAGAUGCUCUAACUAUGUUGACUAGUACUGUGCAGGCUUUAUCACAUAAGAUCGAACAAUUUGGAGUUGGCCCUUCAUCAGUGGUUGCCUCUUGUCAAAUUUGUGGGGUGCAAGGACAUACGCCAAUUCACUGUCAAUUUAACACUUCAAGAAACACUUACCACUCUGGUGGAAAUAAUAACUUUCACCCAUUCAACUCCAAUUUCGCCCAACAAUCUGGUUUUCAACAGGGGUCACCCAUUAGUCCACCACAACCUCAAACUUCUAAGCUUAAUCUUGAUUCUAUUUUGGAGACUCUUGCUACUUCUCAAGUGAUAGAAACCCAACUUGUUCAACUUUCGCAACAAGUGAGUCAUUUAUCAAAACCUCGAGAUCCACCAAAAGUCCAUAAUGAGCAGUGUAGUGCGAUAUUUCUUAAAGAUGAUGGAGAGGUUGUUGAAAGAUCUGUUGAGAAACAUGGGGAAGUGCUUGGAAUGAUCAAGGAGAAGGGUGUGAGAGAAAAUGUUCCCAUUUAUGUUGCUCCAUCCCCGUACGAGGAACCUGUGCCCUUUCCUCAAAGAUUGACUAAGGGUUUGCUGGAUAAGCAUUUUGGGAGAUAUUCUGAGACUCUUAAAAAGGUAUAUGAAACUAUACCUUUUUCUGACCUUUUGAUUCAAAUGCCUAAAUUUGCUAAGUUUUUGAAAGAAAUAUUAGCUAAUGAUAGGAAAUAUGAAAAAUCAGAAAAUGUGACAAUUAAUGAGCAGUGUUCUACCUUGAUGCAUGAGAACCUACCGCCUAAAUUGAAAGACCCUGGAACUUUUACUAUACCCUGCAUGAUCAAUGAAACAUAUUCUGAUAGGGCCUUAUGUGAUUUAGCUGCUAGUGUCAAUUUAAUGCCUUAUUCUCUAUAUGAAAAAUUAGGUUUGAAGGAGCUUAAACCUUCUCAUAUAUCUCUUCAACUGGCUGAUAGAACUGUUAGAUUCCCUAAGGGCGUAGUGGAAGAUGUGUUAGUAAAAGUUGGUGAAUUUACUUUUCCUGUUGACUUUGUUGUAAUGGACAUGAAAGAAGACUUUGAAAUUCCUUUGAUCUUUGGUCGUCCAUUUUUAGCUACAAGUCAGGCUUUAAUAGAUGUCCCGAGAGGACAAAUGAUUAUUAAAGCUCAAGAUAAGCAAGUCAUAUUUAAGAUCUUUGAUGAUCCAAAUUUCACUUUUGAUGGGGGUACUUGUAUGAGAAUUGAUGCUACUAAUCCCUUGGUUGAUAAGUGUGUACAGAACAAAAAUCAUUUGAGCAAAGAAGACAUAUCCACAUCAUCCAAUGGGUCUGACUACAAGAAAAUAGGCGUUGGUGUUGAUUUUGUGGACUCUAAUCUGAAAGAGUUAUUGGGAGGUAGAUCUAAUUUCAGGUUUCAACGUGGAACUUUCUCUCCCCCGAACGAUCUUGGUUGA